AUGUUUCGACCACUGAAAUCCCUCAGUGCUACAUACAGCCUACUAAGAAAAUUGCCAAGAGUUGCUCAUAUGAGUAGCAACUCUGAACCAAUAGACCCACCUAAUGUGUAUACAGAAAUACCUUGUUAUGAUUUUGAGAAACCACAAAGCCUAGAGAAAAGGAAGGCAAGACUUCUUUAUCAAUCCCGUAAAAGAGGUAUGUUGGAAAAUGAUCUACUCCUGAGCACUUUUGCUGCGAAAUACUUAGACGGCUUCAAUGAAAAACAGACAAUUAUGUACGAUCGUCUUAUAAAUUCUCCGAGCAAUGAAUGGGAUCUGUUUUACUGGAUGGUACAAAAGAUGCCUACACCACCAGAGUAUGACAAUGAGGUCAUGGAUAUGCUCAAAAAACAUGCCAAGAAUGAAGAGAGGCUAUGUCUGCGUGUACCUGACUUGUACUAA